AUGGAGUUAUCUCUGAGUUUGGGUGACACGCCAAAGCCCUUCAUAUUUCUUGACAAGUCUCAGAAGAUGGUUAACAAAGAUUUAGGGUUUUGCAUGGCCACCUUAGGGCCUCUGAUAAUUAAUGGAAGAUCAGAAGACAAAGGAGAUGCAGGUCAGAGUCAUCGUCACAGUAAGACACAAAGGAUCAUCAGAGAGGAGGAAGACGAAAGAAGAGGCUCUUCAGAUCAUCCACUUGUUCAUCUUGAUCUCUUCCCUUUUUCUCCAGUUCUACGCAAUCAACUACCUUCACAGCUUCGAUUUCCAUUGCUGACACAAAACUUGAUUUCUGAACCAGGUUCAUCCAAUGGACCAGGAAAACCAGUGGAAGUGAACCGGCAACCAUUGACGGCGGAGGAGGCUGAGGAUGGGGCGGCGACGCUGUCGUCCCCAAACAGUACAGUCAUCCCAUUUCAGAUGGAUUUUUCAAUGUACGGAAGUAGAAGAAGCAAGAGAGAUUUGGAAGCAACACUAACUGAAGUUGAGGCGGAGAGAGGUAUUUGUUCAAGAGGAAUUGAUGAGGAAGAGAAUGGUUUGCCGAGGAAAAAACUCAGGCUCACUAAAGAACAGUCUGCUUUUCUUGAAGAGAUCUUCAAGGAACACCACACCCUCAAUCCUAAACAAAAGCUAGUUCUGGCAAAACAGUUGAAUCUUCGUCCUCGCCAAGUUGAAGUGUGGUUUCAAAACAGAAGAGCAAGUUGGGUCCUUCUUGUGUACGGGUCAUGCAUGAAAUGGGCCCGUUUCAAACCACAAACCAGUGGGCCAGAGGGAGAGGCAGAGCACGACACUGGAGUCGUACAUAUGCCUAGCACAAUGGAUGUUUUUUUGUCCAGCCGCACCAAGCCCAUAGAUAGAUGGGCCCAGCCCGUUUUACAUCUGAAAUCCUGGAAAAAGAAAGUCUGCUAG